AUGGUGCGUUCUCCAAUCUUCUCAAGCCUCUCAUAUGAUUUUCGAUACUCGGGUAAUUACGAUUAUCCACCGGCUUCGAAUUCUACAUCUCGCAGCUCGACUUCAUCAAGACCACAGGAGAAUCGACAAACGCGACUUCAGAACUUACGUGACUUGAUACUGUUCGAUUCAGGACGCAGCCUUCCACGACCAAGAAGCGAAACAGCCCGUGCUCUGGAAGCUCUCGACGAAAUCGAGCAGCUCCAACUUCAAAGCGCUCGACGACGAAGGAUCUAUGAGCAAGCCCAAGCUGUUAUGAAUAGGCAGCUCCAGCAAGUUUCGUCCGAAGUGUCCCAGUCCGGCGCAGAAGACGUCCUGUCGCCACCCCAACCCCGUGAACGGGGAAGGUUUCCUGUCAUUCCGAGUAGGACUUCCAGCACCGCCAUGAAUCAGGAGUCGGGAUCAUCGACACCCGGCACCAGAGCAGGGCGUCGUCGAAUCAGGCCUAGUGAAACAGCGAUGCGGUUGCUGGCGAGCAGAACGAACAGAAGCAACAGGUCAGAUGAUGCCAGCUCUUCCGAUCGUCACCCAAUCCUGACUUCCGUCAACGAGGACCUCGAUCGUCGAUUAGCCACAAUGACUUCCAUCAACGAGGGCUUCGAUCGAUUGAAUGCUUCUCUCAGAUCUUGGCUUCCAAAUCCUUCUGAUUUAGAUGCCGCUCCACGUCAGUCUGAUAGCCCUGGCUCUCCAGGUUCUAGAUGGCGAUCAAAGAGACGCAAGCUAGAGUCUGAUGACAAUAGAGAUGGGCUCACGGGAUUUAGUUACGGACACUACGGCCAAGUCGUACCUGGAUUAUUGAAGAUGGAAAUCAAUAGCUGCGAUGGGGGGAAUUAUUACGACGAAGAUAACGGCGAGAGUUCGUGGCCGGGAAAUGUUCUACUUGAUGACUCUUCGGUCUACUGCACAAAGAGGAGUCGCUGUAAUAUUAUUUUGAACCAUCGAGGCGAAACGCCAUUCUCUCUCAAGAAGAUUGUCAUACGAGCCCCGAAGAAAGGAUUCGAUGCUCCUAUCCAAGAAGGUAUGAUCUUUGUUUCGAUGACAUCAGACGAACUUUUGGAGCGGACCGCCCAGUAUCAAAUUCGCUACCCAGAACGAAGUCGACGGUGUCAUAAUUCCAGACGACAGUACACUAACCCAUCUACGGAGUAUUUUAACGCGUAUCGAACUCGAAACCAAGGCACCGAAACCAGGGCCUCUGGCGGUUCUUCUGGUGACCUUGAUGCGCAGGCAAACGAAACAACAUGGUCACGUCGCUCAUUAUUCAAUCCUACAUACGCAGAGCCUCAGUUUAGGGUAGCUACCGAGCAUGACGGCAAUCUGGACGGUAGAUCGAAUGACGACGAAGGCACCUUCGAGUUCCCAUCCGGCAACGACAAUGAACUCUUGGAUAGUGGCGAAGAAAGCGAACUAUUCUGUCCCGUAGAUGAAGAAGAGAGCGAUAACGGUGACACGAUCGAAUUCAAUAACCGCGGUCGUCUCGACACACGACGACGUGGUCGGACCCAAGGCAACAUACUCUACAGCCUCGGAAGUAAUGACCGCCUAGACUCUCCAAGUCUAAUCGAACCAGUCCGCUCUUCAUCAGGAGCUGCCACGGUUGGCCUGGAUGGAGGAGAUGUAAAUGGGAUAUCUGAUAUAAUGAGACCUCAUGCGCGGUUCUUCAUUGAGCGUGAAAAGAGCAUGGUUAGCAUCAAUUUUGAUCCACCGGUGUCAGGACGGUAUAUUUUGAUUAAGUUAUGGAGUCCGUAUAGUGGUGGCAAUAUCGAUAUUGAGAGUAUAAUGGCCCAUGGGUUUGCAGGUACUCGCUAUUUCCCUGCUCUUGAGACACGAUGAUUGCAUUCAGAGUGUUUGAAUGUAUGUGUCGUUACAGUCGUUCAGGUGUACGAUGGAUGAUGAAGUCUUUUCCGGUGGGGGUUUCGGCGUACAAGAUAGCUAUUUACGUUUUGGGAAUGAGUAGCAAUUACCAUCUAAUGGCUGAUAGAUAUCGAAUAUAACCAGGUGGCUACGAUUUACCAUCUAAUAAUUCCAAUUAAAUUCUCAUCUCCUAUUUC